AUGCCGAAAAGAGUACUUUGUUCGUACGGUAUCGAUAUCGAUGCAGUAAGCGGAUGGCUGAACACGAAGACUGGAGCGCCAGUGAACCCAACCGACGUAUCACGCGGCGUCUUUGGUGCAACAGUGGGCAUAGAUCGCCUGCUGAAGCUAUUGGACAAGUACCAGAUCAAAGCCACAUGGUUUACGCCAGCGCAUUCAGCCGAGUCAUUUCCACAGCAAAUCCGCAAGAUAAUUGAAAAGGGACAUGAAAUUGGAUUGCACGGCUACACACACGAAUUUGUCUCGACGCUGAGCGAGCAGCAGCAACGCGAUGUCCUACUCAAGAGCAUCCAAGUCUUGACCGACUUUGUGGGCAAAAAACCUCGCGGCUGGACAGCACCGGCGUGGAGCACCAGCAAAGAGACCGUCAAGCUGCUGGAGGAGUUUGGCAUUGAAUACGACCACUCUUUCAUGCAUCAUGACUGCCAACCUUACUACUUGCCUUCCCCGCAUCUCAGCACCUAUACCGAGACGGACGUCUCGAAACCCGCUUCCCACUGGAUGACGCCCAUGUCCGCAUUGAAGCCCUCCUCGGUCGUCGAAAUCCCAGCAAGCUGGCACCUAGACGACUGGCCGCCCUUCCAGCUCUCUCUUACGCAACCAAGUACCCACGGCUACGUCGACACGGCCGUCAUCGAGCGUCUGUGGAAGCAGCAAUUCGAGUAUCUGUACCGCGAGUGCCCCGACAACGGGAGCUUUGUUUUCCCCAUUAGCAUACACCCGCAGGUCAGCGGUAAGCCGCAGGUUAUUCUGCUGCAUGAGCGCCUAAUCGAGUGGAUCAAUCAGCAUGAGGGGGUCGAGUGGGUGACUAUGGAGCGUAUUGUUGAUGAGUUUAAGAGCGGAAAUUUGCGUGGCGCCACGGUCCAGGGAGGGGCUACGGGUAUUAGGGCUAAACUGUAA